GGGGGAAAGCGUGCGCCCUCUUUUCACAAGCUACGAAACGUUAGCAAGUCGCCCUUGCUAUCGUACAGCAUCACGGAUAAAUCAAACAUGGCGAUUCAGUCGCUGUUUACGGUCAAAUCGUACGGAUCGUAGUGUGAUAGUAGAAAGACUGCUGUGCAUAAGAUAGUGCUUUUAACGGUGAUGAGUAUUUGUGGCAACGGAAAUCGACUGAUUUUGUUAAAUAUAACAAAUAUGGAGGAUCAGAAUUUAGAAAAAACGACCAAUGCUACUGAAGAUAUUGGAGUACAUGAUACGAAGGGCGUAACAGAGGUAACGCCUGCGACGUCAUCACUUCUAUCUCCCAAGCAAGUGUCGCGAUCUAGCGGCGAAAAUGUCGCUAGUCAGCCAUGUUACAACGUUAAAGAUUGGCCUAAAUCUUUGCUUGAAAAAUCUUGUAAAUUUGAAAGUGGCAGUGGCGGUAGCGCAGAACAAGAUGUUGGAUUACAAGAGGAUGGAUUAGAUAUAAUAACGAAGAAAAAGAAGACUCGUAGAGGAAAAUCCAAGUAUAGAAGAUUAAAAUCGCAUUAUCAAAAAUUAUCCUAUUUCAAAUCAAAACCACCACCAUGUUGCAAAUCAUUUGGAAAAGUUUUACAAUUUUGUAGACAAAUUCGUGCGCCAUACAAUACAACACAAUUUCUAAUGAAUGAUCACAGCGAUUUACCUGAUAUUGAUCAAAAAUUAAACAUAGCAACAUCUACAGACUUAGGAAUAACUACUGCUACUACUACUACUACUACUACUACAACAACUACUACUACUACUAGUACUACUUUUCAGAAACCUCAAGCACCAACAAUUCGUACUAGGGAUUCCAGUUUUAGCGUUGAUUCUGACGAAGAUUACUUUUUUUCAUCGCCAGAGGACGAGGAAGAAUUUUUAUCGAAAAAUUUCUGUAGCGCUUACGAAGACCUUCACGCGGAAAGACUGAGCACAUUGAGCAAAGCAGAAUUAUUAGCAGAAUAUUUACAAUUAGAGGCCAAAGUAGACUUACUCUCUAAAAGAUUACGCGUUAAAAAUAUCAAUAAUCAGACGGAAGACAAAGAUAAUAAGGAUAAUAAAUGUGUUACUGAAGCAAAUGUUACAGAAAUGGAUGUAACGAAACAAUUAGAUCUAUUUCAACAGCGCAUCAAUGAAUUAAUCAAACAAAAUGAAGAAUUAAAAAAAGAUAAUGAAGCAUUAAGGGCACAAAGGAAUGAUGAUAGCUCUCUAUCUAGCAUAGACAGUGAAAGCGAUAGUGAUAGUACAAGUAUUGGAAAUCAUAGUGUAUGUGGUUCAAUUAAGAAUCCAGAUUCUUCUCCAGAACGAGUUACGUGCUGUAAAAGUAAAUAUUGUAGUAGUAAAAGAAGUAGCGUCGAUUGUAUUUUUGAGCCUAAGAAAAAUUGCUGUCAUCAUGAUCUUUGUCAUUUUAAAACAUUGUCUUCAAGGCUUCUUAGAAAAAAAUGUGUUCUUUUGAAUAAAAUGAAAGGCCUACCGAUUUAAAUUUUCUUUGUUGCUGAGACAG